CCAUUCCUUUUGGAUACAAAGCUUGUGCAGAGGGGCUGAUUAAGUGCUGCCUUGCCUGCAAAAGGCAUUUCUCAGAGAGAGGACAUUAGAGGCUUGAGCAUUGAUAAGCUUCUGGAACUGAGGGAAGCGUCCCAAAGAUCUAGUCCUAUCCCUCUCAGUUCCCUGCUCUGCCUCCCUGGGUGAUCUCAUCCUCUUAUCCUAAAUUCUGUGACAUACUGAUGCCUCUCAAAUAUAUACAUUGAAUUAAAGACAAAUAUUUCUGUUUUGUGUCAGAGCUGGUCAUAAUUCUUACAGCUUUAACAACCUUUGCCUUUAUAAGCCUCUGAUUCUCUCUCUUCCCUUGAAACACUUUCAGGUUUACUUGAAACUGUGUCUCCCAAAUUGCAAUUCCUAAGACUCCAAAUAAAACACUUUUUAGUCUCAAAAAAAAAAUUAUCCCCCCAUCCCGUCCCCUCUUUGAGCUUUAUACUGUAUAUCCCAGUGUGACUCUAACAUCUUCCAUAGACAACUUAAUCUAACUGUGUUUCAAUCUGAAAUCAUCCUUUCUUCACUUAUCUUUUAUUCCCAAGUUAUGUUUUCUGUGUAUUCCUCAUUUUGGUUAAUGAGUAUUUCCAAAUUAAACAUCUUGGUUGCUGUCUCCCUUGUUAUUCCCCAAGUGCAGUCAGGAGUAAGUCACCCUCACAGUUUUUCCUGGCUUUUUCCUCUUCAUCCUCUUUGUUUAGGCCUCUCCCCUCUCCCGCGUUUCUUCUCUUUCUCAUCUACUGAUAACUCUAAGUCAUCAUGAAAGUUGUUUUACAAAAGUAUCAGCACCUGUAGUAGUGUCAGUGCAGGUUGUGUAUCGAAUAAAGGUGCUGUAAUCACACUUUAGAAAUAGUAGGUUUGUUUAUUUAUUAUGACAGUCUUCUGGCAGAUGGCAGUACAAUGUAUUGUUCCAACAUCUGUAUGUUAUGACAGUUAAGGACUAGAAACCUUGAUGCCUGUGGAGAACAUCCUCUGUUCUUGUGUCCUCAGUUCUCUGUCAGGCAAGCUUGUCUUUUAAAACCCAAGUGUAAAUAUACCUUCCUCAUGAAGCUUUUUUUUGAUACUCCCUACAGGAGUCAGUCAUUCCUUUCCCAGGGCUAAGGCCAUAUGGCUACUCCCUUAUAGUAGGCAUUGCAUUAUGUUGUAAUAAUUGGUAUAUGAGUCUGCCCUGUUGUACUCUAGGCCCCUGAAGGGUAGGGACAGUGUUUCAUCAUUCUUUGAUCCUCAGCAGGUAGCUUAAUGUCCAGCAUGCACAGUGUAUCAAAAAACAUAACAAAUAUUUGAUUGCAUAACAUGAUUCAGGCACAGAAGUAAAUAUGUUACCCACUUUAUCUUCUUUAAUCCUCACGACUCCUGCAUGAGUCCUGUUGUUAUCCCAUUUUAUAGAGUAAUGACGCGGGCGUGCUGGCUGGUGAGACAGGACAACCGGCACCAGCGAAUCAAACUCCCACAUUUGGAAGCAGUCAUGGUUGGGCGCAGUCCAGAGACCAAGAUCACCGACAAGAAGUGUUCUCGACAGCAAGUACAGUUGAAAGCAGAGUGUAACAAAGGCUAUGUCAAGGUAAAGCAGGUAGGGGUCAAUCCCACCAGCAUUGACUCAGUCAUAAUUGGGAAGGACCAGGAGGUGAAGCUGCAGCCUGGCCAGGUCCUCUACCUGGUGAAUGAACUUUAUCCGUAUAUUAUAGAGUUUGAGGAAGAGACAAAGAGCCCUGGCCUGGAGACACACAGGAAGAGAAGGAGGUCAGGCAGUAGCGAUCCUGCCGAAAGGCGUGCUGCCCCGGAAGCUGAGCCCCGCCCAGGACUGGAACCUGGGAGCAGCCCUCGCCAGUGCUGUAUGCCUCCAAAGAAGGAGAAGGAUGCCUCCACCAGAAAGGAAUCCUUGGGCCACUGGAGUCAAGGCUUGAAGAUUUCUAUGGAGGACCCCAAAAUGCAGGUUUACAAAGAUGAGCAGGUGGUGGUGAUAAAGGAUAAAUACCCCAAGGCUCGUUACCACUGGCUGGUCUUACCUUGGGCCUCCAUUCCCAGUCUGAAGGCUGUGACCAGAGAACAUCUUGAGCUCCUCAAACACAUGCACACUGUCGGGGAAAAAGUGAUUGCUGACUUCGCUGGGUCCAGCAAACUCCGCUUCCGUUUGGGCUACCACGCCAUUCCCAGCAUGAGCCAUGUACACCUCCAUGUGAUCAGCCAGGAUUUUGAUUCUCCUUGCCUUAAAAACAAAAAACACUGGAAUUCUUUCAAUACCGAAUACUUCCUCGAAUCACAAGCUGUGGUUGAGAUGGUGCAAGAGGCUGGCAGAGUGACCGUCCGAGAUGGGAUGCCCGAGCUCCUGAAGCUGCCCCUCCGUUGUCACGAGUGCCGGCAGCUGCUGCCUUCCAUCCCUCAGCUGAAGGAGCACCUCAGGAAGCACUGGUCCAAGUAAUUCUGCGGAGCCUGACCUUCUGUAGCACAUGUGCCUGAUUGUUGAGAGCAAAUUCCUGGCACCUGUUCUGGAUUGCAUGUGAACUUUCAUUUCUUGAAUUAAAACAUGCAUUUUUUCUUUUUUUACAA